AUGGCUGUGCCUAACAAGUGGGAGAGUGCUUGCAGAUUGUGUUCAGAGGUGAAAAAUGAAAUGUUACCAAUCUUUGGUAAUGAAGGAGUACAACGUAAAGUAGCACAAAAAUUACGUGCUUGCCUGCCAGUUUUAGUGUAUAAAACCGAUCCACUGCCAAAGCAAAUAUGUCAGUUCUGUGCUGCAAGGCUAGACGAUGUUUAUGAGUUUAGAGAAUAUUGCCUGAGUGUUUAUAAAAGCAUGCACUUAAAGUUAUUAACAUAUAAGAAUAUUGAAUCUGUUCAGAUUUAUUUAGAGGCAAUGAAAAACUCUCCUGACCCUUGUCAGGCACAGUUAUGGAGAGAUAAGGCUAGAGCACCACCACCUUUAGUACCUUUGCCUGUUACACUGCCAGUUGAGAAUCCAUCAACACCGAUAGAUAUUAGUCAGGAGCAUCCAAGUAAUUGUGUUGAGUCAUUAUCUGAAUUACCAUGCGAGGUAGAAAUCAAAGAAAUGAAUACAGAACCAAUAUUAGAAACAGCUGUAAAUGUGUAUAAACCAUCAAAUAAAAAUAAUGUAGAAAAUAAGAUAUACGAAGAUGUAAUAGUGGAAGAUAACACAAAUUCAUUAAUGGGAGAAAGCACUGAUUCUGAACAGAAUAUUCAGAUACAGAAAGAAGAAAAACGUACAAGUAUUUUAGAACAAGUACUGAUGGGUAGUUUGACAAUGAAUGACAGAAAAGAUUUAAAUUCAAAGACAAAACUAUCCUCUAAGUGGUGGUGUGCACCUUGUAAUAGUUACUAUAAGACAAAAGAAAGCUUAAUAAAACAUAUGCAAUUACAUUGUCCAAGAAAAUAUACUUGUAGAAAAUGUUCCACAUGUUUUGAACUAGUGGAGGACUUAGCUAGACACGAAGCUACCGAUCACUUGAAAGUGACACUAGAUUUUGAUAAGAGCGUCAAAGAUUGCGAUCAAUGUGACAGACAAUUUGUAAGUUGGGAAAUGUUGAAGCAACACAGAUUAAGGGAUCAUUUGGCUCAAGCAAAUGAAAUUGGGACCAAUACUCGAUGUUCUUUAUGCAAUAGAUUCUUUCCAAGCGUAGAAGACUACCAGAAUCAUACUCAGUUACAUGAAAUUAGUAAUUAUGCAUCAACAAAACCAUCACAAUUAACAGAUCAACAAUUAGUUAAAGUUCUUAAAAAUGAGGAAUCUUUAAAGGAAGUAAAAAUAGAACAUUUUGCAGAAACUACUAAAUCACUUACAUGCCCUACUUGUGGAAAAAUCUGUACUCAGCAAAGUGCAUUGUCAAAUCACAUGCGUACUCAUGAACCUAAAAGACAUAAAUGUGAUAUAUGCGGACGUUCAUUUGGACUCUUCAUACGUCUAGCAGCACAUAGAAUGAGUGAACAUAGCCAACAACCUACAGUCUCACCAGUUAUGGCAAGUGUUGAACAAGAAGAAGCAUUAAACGCUGAGAGAGAGGCUAGAGAAGCAAGAGAAGCUAGAACUCGUUCUACGAGAACCAGAACAUAUUCGGAGAUGUUAGAAAGAGAAGAUAUUCCUAAUCACGAAGAACCACCAUCAAAAAGAAGAAAUGUUCCUGUAAAUAAUAGUGCAUUUAAAAAUGUUGCAAGGUGCGGUAUAUGUUUCCAAUGGUUUAGUGAUCACACUACGAUGUUAAUGCAUUUACAAACGCAUUCAGAUAACUACACUUGUAAAAAUUUUACAUGUCACAUAUGUAAAAAAUCAUUCAAAGAAAAGUGGCAAUUACUUAGACACGAGGUGUCACAUCAACGUAACGAGUCGACGGCAAUGUACGUAUGCAGUGUAUGUAAUAAAUCGUUUUUGGACAAGAAUGCGUAUAAAACACAUCAUAAAACGCACAUCCUUGACAAGACAUAUCAUUGUUCGAAGUGUAAUAAAAUAUUUUUCAAAGAAGUGUCACUGUUAACGCAUCAGUGUACAACAGAAACUUCGCUAGGUAAAAAAGGAGUUUCCUCAAAAUCGUUACAGAAAGCUGCAUCGUUAAGUAACAAUAAAAAGUAUAAAUGUUCUAAAUGUGAUGCGUCGUUCAGUAGUUUUCAAUCAAAGAAUUCUCAUAUGAGGAUACAUACGGAAGAAUCACAGACAAUUGAACUAACAGAAGAACGAAACGCAGACUCCGAAGAAGAAUCUAUGCCAAAAUUAAGUCCUGAAACUUCGUUAGGAUAUUCAUUACCCAUUGAACCGAAAGUGGAAAUAAAGGAAGAAAGUGCGCCACCUCCUGUUAAACGAACUCUUAUUAGAACAACUGGCGGAUAUCGGUGCGGGAUAUGCCAGUCUCCCUUUGUUUUACGCGAGUUAGCUGUUGCGCACCUAAGAUCUGCACAUCCUCUUAUGCCGUAUCAGUGCCCUUAUUGUAAAAAGCGAUUUACAACGCAGUAUACGUUCACGCAUCAUAUUAAAACAGAUCAUCCUGAUGAACACGAGAAUUAA